AUGAGUAGCAACCGCAAAAACUUCCGACGCCGCGCGGAUGACGACGAGGACGCCAACGGGGACGGCGGAAGCCACUCCAAGCCCUCCACCGCCACCUCUACGAAGACGAAAAGCCUAACGGUGCCCAAGCCCAAGUCGCCGCCGAGGCGUCAGGGGGCGAGCCGCCUCAGCUUCGCGGACGACGAGGACGAGGACGACGCCGAGGAGGGCCCAUUCGCGCAGCGCCGACGCCCCCCGACGGCCUCGGUGCGCCCGGCCCGCACGGCGUCCCCGGCCGCGGGAGCGCUCCACCGCCUCACGCCCGCCAGGGACCGGAUCAGGAGCUCGCCGGCGCCUGCCGUCGCUGCUGUGUCGGCGCCUAAGCCGUCCAACUUCCAGUCCCAUGCUGGGGAGUACACACCAGAGCGCCUCCGGGAGCUCCAGAAGAAUGCGCGCCCGCUCCCUGGGAGCCUCUUGCGUUCCCAACCGCAGACUCCGGCGACUGAGCCCCGGUCACAAAAGUUGGCUGGUACCCCUGCAAGUUCCACCCCAGCUACCACCACCGCAGCUGCAACAGAAACGGUGGUUAUUCUUAAAGGUUUGGUGAAACCUAUGUCCGAGGCCAGCAUUGGGCCAAGGAUACAGAAGCAUGACAAGGAGGAAGAUAAAUCUGAAGAAGAGGAGGAAGGAGAUGAAGAGGAUGAAGGGCCAGUGAUACCUGACCGUGCAACCAUUGAAGCCAUCAGGGCAAAGCGACAGCAGCGGCAGCAGCCAAGGCAUGUGGCGCCAGAUUAUAUCUCUCUUGAUGGUGGCGGUGUGCUGAGCAGCCGGGGUGGUGGUGGUGAGUCAAGUGAUGAGGAUGACAAUGAAACAAGGGAUCGGAUUGCAAUGUACACUGACAAGCCUAGUGAUGUCCCGAGGAGCACAAAAAGUGUAUUUGGUGGGAUCAGUAACAGGGGUCCUGCCACCAGUUUGGGGGAUCUCAGUGAUGGCAGCAGGAAGGUUGAUGAUGAUAGAGAUGAUGAUGACGACGAUGAAGAAGAGAGGAGAUGGGAGGAAGAGCAGUUCAGGAAGGGUCUUGGUCGGAGGAUGGACGAUGCUUCUACUCAGAGAUCAGCAAAUGGGGUACCAGCUGCUAUGCAGGUUCAGCCACAGCCGUUUGGAUACCCAGUGGGUUCCCAUUACCAGCCCUCCCUUAGUGGCGUUGUGCCUGCGGCAUCAGUUUUUGCAUCAGGAACUGCAGAUUUCUUGUCCAUCGCUCAACAAGCGGAUGUUGCAAAUAAAGCCCUGCAAGACAACAUCCGAAAGCUUAGGGAGACUCACAAGACAACAGUCGGUGCUUUAGUGAAGACCGACACACAUCUUAACGAAGCUCUUUCAGAGAUAUCAAGCCUGGAGAGUGGUUUGCAGGAUGCCGAAAAGAGGUUUGUCUAUAUGCAGGAGCUCCGUGAUUAUAUUUCUGUGAUGUGUGAUUUCUUGAAUGACAAGGCAUUUUUAAUAGAGGAGUUGGAGGAACACAUACAGAAAUUGCAUGAAAAUCGAGCUUUGGCUAUUUCUGAGAGGCGUGCGGCUGACCUAGCUGAUGAAUCAGGUGUGAUCGAAGCUGCUGUAAAUGCUGCAGUAUCUAUUCUUAGCAAAGGAUCAAGCUCAGCUUACCUGUCUGCUGCAUCAAAUGCUGCCCAAGCAGCAGCAGCUGCUGCUAGGGAAAGUUCCAACCUCCCACCUGAGUUGGAUGAGUUUGGCAGAGAUAUCAACAUGCAGAAGCGUAUGGAUCUUAAGCGCAGGGAAGAGAACAGAAGACGAAGGAAGACCCAGUCAGAGACCAAGAGAUUGGCAUCUGCAGUGAAGAAUAAGGACAUUGAGAAGAUUGAAGGAGAGCUAAGCACUGAUGAAAGUGACAGUGAGAGCACUGCUUAUGUUUCCAGCCGGGAUGAGUUUCUUAAGGCUGCUGACCAUGUGUUCAGUGAUGCUAAAGAGGAAUACUCGAGCCUUAGAACUGUCAAGGACAAGUUUGAAGGGUGGAAAUCUCAGUACCCCUCUGCAUACCGAGAUGCUCAUGUAGCCCUUAGUGCACCAUCUGUGUUCACCCCUUUUGUGAGACUGGAGCUCCUGAAGUGGGAUCCCCUCCAUGAAACAACCGAUUUCUUCGACAUGGAUUGGCACAAGGUUCUUUUUGACUAUGGUAUGCAAGAUAAUGAGAGUCCCUCAGGUUCUAAUGAUUCGGAUGUGGUUCCAGUCUUAGUAGAAAAGGUGGCUCUCCCUAUUUUACACCACCGUAUUAAGCACUGCUGGGAUGUAUUGAGUACCCAAAGGACUAGAAACGCUGUGGAUGCUAGUAAGAUGGUGAUCGGUUAUUUACCAACCUCAAGCAAGGAUUUGCAUAAAUUACUGGCUUCUGUGAGAAGCCGUCUAAUGGAGGCCAUUGCUGAUCUUUCAGUACCAGCCUGGGGAUCAAUGGUGACGAGGACUGUUCCAGGUGCCUCUCAAUAUGCUGCGUAUAGGUUUGGUGUUGCUGUACGUCUCCUUAAGAAUGUUUGCCUGUGGAAAGACAUCCUUGCGGAGCAUGUUGUUGAGAAGCUUGCUUUAGAUGAAUUACUGAAAGGGAAGAUUCUUCCUCAUAUGAAGAGUAUCAUCCUGGAUGUUCAUGAUGCAAUCACUAGGGCUGAGCGAAUAGCUGCCUCACUUUCAGAAGUUUGGCCUAAACAAAGUCAAAAGCUGCAGCCUUUUGUAGAUCUAGUGGUUGAGCUGGGAAACAAGUUGGAGAGGAGACACACGUCAGGCAUUAGUGAGGAAGAGACACGUGGUCUAGCUCGUCGAUUGAAAAACAUAUUGGUCAGUCUUAAUGAGUAUGAUAAAGCUAGAGCUAUUUUGAAGACGUUUCAGCUCAGAGAAGCCAUUUAG